CCCUGAAAGAUAAAAAAUAAUAAAUAAUAUAUCCAGCAGCUACAAGUACUCGAAAACCCUUGAACGCUUCUUCAAAGUAAGUAACCAGGGCAUUGUAGCGACAUAUAUUGCACUACCCUCCACUGUUUGUUCUUCUAAACUGUAUAGCUCCUUUACCUUUACUUUGUCACUUGAAACCACAAUACACAUAAUGGCUGCAUCUUGGUCAUGUUGUCUAUUUGCACUUCUUCUUUUUAUGUCAGCUAUUGUAUCUGAAAGUAGAGUGGCAAGGAAGGACUUGGGUCUGGACCUUGGUGGGUUGGGGCUUGGACUUGGAGCAGGAGUAGGCCUUGGCAUAGGAGGUGGUAGUGGCUCUGGAGCUGGAGCUGGUUCUGGGUCUGGUUCUGGUUCUAGUUCUAGCUCUUCUUCAAGUUCAUCAUCUUCAUCUUCAAGUUCUGGGUCCGGAGCAGGCUCUGAAGCAUGUUCAUAUGCUGGCUCUCGGGCUAGACCAGGAUCAGGCAGAAGUCAAGGAAGCGGCGGUGGCCGUGGUGGCGGCUAUGGUGGAGGUGGAGGUGGUGGCUCAGGCUCCGGGCAGGGCUAUGGUCAUGGUGAGGGUUACGGUCAAGGUGGUGGUAAUUAAGGACGUGCAGGAAUAUAUACUAUGGUUUACUCAAAUAAAAGAAAAUCGUAGACUGUUUUGUGUAAUAAAUAAGUAGUAAAAUGGUCUUUACCAAAACAAUAAACAUGUAAGAUGGUGAACUCCAUCCUUUGUGUUUUAGUGAAGAAGAAUCAGUUAUGUUUCAGUGUGAACCAAUUUACAGUUAUUUCUUGAGUCAAAAGAAUUAUAGUACUGUUGUGGUUGUUGGUUAAAUUCAGAUAAAAAUGUUAAGAGCCUUAAGAGACAUC